ACCCUCGCGCUGCCUCCCUGGGACCACGUGACUGGCGCGGUCCGGGGCGCCGUCGCCGCGGCUGCUAGCGAAGUUGGAUCGGAGACCCGGGCCGUGCACCCUUCCCGAGCGCUCACCAUGGCGAUGCACUUCAUCUUCUCAGACAAGGCCGUGCUUCUGUUUGAUUUCUGGAGUGUCCACAGUCCUGCAGGCAUGGCCCUCUCAGUAUUGGUGGUUCUGCUCCUGGCUGUACUAUAUGAAGGCAUCAAGGUUGGCAAAGCCAAACUGCUUCACCGGACUCUGGAGAGCCUGCCUGUCUCCAGCAGCCAGCAAGUCAUCCUGGAUACAGAUCGGGAUUCUGCAAGUUUGGACUCACCCCCGGUUAACAGAAGGCCCUUCAGGUGGUUUCUGUGCUACUUUGGCCAGUCUUUGGUUCAUGUUGCUCAGGUGGUCAUUGGCUACUUUGUGAUGCUGACUGUUAUGUCCUACAACACUUGGAUUUUCCUGGGUGUGGUCCUGGGCUCAGCUGUGGGUUACUACCUUACCUACCCACUUCUCAACACGAUGUAGCUGGCAAGGGAUGCACAGGUGCUGGUGGCUGGAAGGGCCACUCUGCCAGACCGUACUUCCAGUCACAGCCACUUCUGAUGGCAACUACUCACCGUCUUUUCCAGUUCCUGACAACUUUGAGCUGAAGCCAGCAGGUCCUCUCUGGAGCUCUGAGGCCACUGCAUCCACCUCCCAUCUCCACCAGCCUACUCAGGGCCAGGCCUUGUCUGCUGCCUCAGGAAGGCAGCUGUGACCAAUGGGAGAAUGGAGAGAAUCGAGGCUUGUAGGGGAGAGCAGCUGAGCCUAGCAAGCUGCAUGUCUGAGACAGAACGUGAGCACUUCCAAAGACCUCCAGGACAAAGAGGGUUCUGGGUGAUGAAGGCCAUGGAACCCACAUGGCCUCUCUUCUACUUUGUGCCUUUUCUACAGAAGCAUUUUCCAUUGGACAAACUGACCUCUUUUGUGCUUAGAAGGACAAAAUCCUGGCUCUUUUGUCUCACCUUUAAGCCCUGGGAACACAUGAAGAUUGACUCUUCCAUGAAUCAUGUUGACAAACUAAGAUUUCUCGUUUUUUUCCACUGGCAAUUUUGCACAUUCAGUCAAAAUAAAAAUUUUAAUGAUU